AUGAUAGGAUAUCUCUAUCCCAGAUCCCUACCAGACUGUCGUAAACCGCGAUACUACCAUACACACGGCGAUUCGGUAACCGCCGAUGGCGGCACUCCUGGCCUCGUUGCCGCUCCCUUCUUCCUCCCCUCGCUUCCGCUGCUGCGAGGACUCUCUUCGCCACGGCCGGGCGGCACCUCCGGGCUGGUUCCCGGAGCGUGCGCCGGUGGCGGUGCCGGGGACUGUCCCCCGGCCGCGGCGCAUCAUCCUUGUCCGCCACGGCGAGAGCGAGGGAAACGUGGAUGAGAGCGUCUACACCCGGGUGCCGGACCCCAGGAUCGGGCUCACAGCUCGAGGGUGGCAGGAGGCGAAGGCGUGCGGUGUCCGGAUACGGGACCUCGUCUCCGGCGACGGCGCCGACGACUGGAAGGUCUACUUCUAUGUUUCCCCCUACCGCCGGACCCUCGAGACGCUCCGCGGCAUCGGGCUGGCGUUCAAGCCCUCCCGAAUCGCCGGGGUCAGGGAGGAGCCUCGCCUCCGAGAGCAAGAUUUUGGAAAUUUUCAAGACAGGGAGAAAAUGCGAAUUGAGAAAGACAUUCGUCUUCGCUAUGGCCGUUUCUUCUACCGUUUUCCCAAUGGGGAGUCGGCCGCUGAUGUUUAUGAUCGAAUAACAGGAUUUAGGGAGACGCUGAGGGCGGAUAUUGACAUUGGUCGCUUUCAGCCACCUGGUGAACAAUCACCAAACAUGAACAUAGUGAUAGUAUCACAUGGCCUGACUUUGCGUGUUUUUCUGAUGAGAUGGUACAAGUGGACUGUAGAGCAGUAUGAGGGCCUGCAUAAUCUUGACAAUGGGGGAAUGUUAGUUAUGCAAACAGGCAGUGGUGGAAGGUACAGCCUACUCGUGCAUCACAGUGUUGAGGAGCUUCGAGCAUUUGGUCUGAUGGAAGCCAUGCUAGAUGAUCAGAUGUGGCAAAAGACUGCAAAACCUGGUGAACUGAAUUAUAAUUUGUGGAUAAAUGGACCUCCAUUCUUUGGACAUUUUUGACUGGAAAUUUGGACUGCUGGAAAGGAAAAGGCCUUACAGUUUCUUCUGCAGCCAUAUGACUAUCAAGCUUGGAUCCUUGAAGCUUUGUCCGACACACGUUUUGCCCACCUGCGUCUGUUCCUCUCAAUAGUGAUUGGAAUUGCCCUGACAGAUGUCUUGAAGCACAAAAAUUCAUAAUUUUGUAAAGUAUAAAAAAAUAAAUGUCGCAAUGAGAAAUGCUGUAAUGAAAUCCUUGUUGCAAUCUACUGGUGUUUUGUAUAUUUUCAACAUA